AUGGGCAAAUCCGAAAGCCAAAUGGAUAUCAUGGAGAAAACAAGUAAACCUGGGAAACGCCGCUGGACAGUUGCAGAAAUCGGACUGUCCGUCUUGCUGCUGAUGGUCAGCUGCGCCUUGGCAGGACUGGUUGUUCUCUACACAUCAGCUGUGAAAGAACACUCAAACAGGCCGAGCAUGUCCAGGAGCUCAACAGGUGAAUCUGAGCUGCUUCAAUCCAGCCUCAACAACGUGUGCACGUCUGAAGACUGUGUCACCGCAGCUGCUCGGCUCUUGCAGAACAUGGAUAAAUCUGUAAAGCCAUGUGAUAAUUUCUACCAGUACGCCUGCGGAGGCUGGCUGGAGCGUCAUGUCAUCCCGGAGACGAGCUCCCGUCACAGUGUUUUUGACAUUCUGAGGGACAAGUUGGAGAUUGUCCUCAAAGGUGUUCUUGAGACAACGAGUGAACAGGACAGAGAUGCCAUUAGAAAGGCUAAAAUCCUCUACAGCUCCUGCAUGAACGAAAGCCUGAUAGAGCAGCGUGACUCACAGCCCCUCCUGAAGCUCAUUGAGAGCAUUGGCGACUGGCCUGUGGCAUCAGAGGACUGGAACACCACAGCAGAGGAAGCGUGGAGCCUUGAGGACACGCUGGCUAUGCUCACGGCUCGUUUCCACAAGAAGGUUAUUCUAGACAUGUAUGUGUGGACAGAUGACCGGGACUCUCAGCGCCACAUCAUUUAUAUUGAUCAGCCGGGACUUGGAAUGCCAUCCAGAGAUUAUUAUUUCAACGACGGAAACUAUAAAAAGGUUCGAGAGGCCUACCUACAUUUCAUGGUUUCUAUCGCAAAAUUAACCAGAGAGGACAGAAACUUAACUCAGGAUGACGACAGAGUGUGGGAGGAAAUGAUGCAAGUGCUGGAGCUGGAGACAGACAUUGCUAAUGCUACGUCUCCAGCAGAAGAGCGCCAAGAUGUUACUGUCCUCUACAACAAGAUGACGCUUGGAGAACUGCAGAGCACUUUCAGCUUUAAUGGUUUUAACUGGACACGAUUCAUACAAGGUGUGCUGUCGAGUGUCUCCAUCGAUGUACAGCUGGACGAGGAGGUUGUGGUGUACAGCACUCCCUAUCUGGAAAAGAUGAAUGACGUUCUCUCUCGUCACAGUGUUCGAAAUAUUCAGAACUACCUCACAUGGCAGCUCGUUAUUGACAGAGUUAAUAGCUUGAGCCGUCGAUUUAAAGACGCCAGGGCCCGUUACAGAAAGACUCUUUAUGGAACCACUGUGGAGGACGCCUGGUGGCGAGAAUGUGUCCGAUACGUCCAGAGCAGCAUGGAGAACGCAGUCGGAGCGUUGUAUGUGCGCGAGACAUUUGCUGGCGAAAGUAAACGGAUGGUUAGUGACCUGAUCAGUAAGAUCCAGAAGGCUUAUGUGGAAACACUGGAGGAGCUGAGCUGGAUGGAUGUACCCUCGAAGGAGAAAGCAAGAGAAAAGGCGAUGGCAAUCAAGGAGCACAUUGGCUAUCCAGAUCAUAUUCUACAGGAAAGCAACAAAAAGUUAGAUCAGGAAUAUGCCCACCAAAAUUUCAGCGAGGAACACUAUUUUGAGAACAUCCUUGAAAACCUGAAGUCUGAAGCACAUAAAAGUCUGAAGAAGCUUAGAGAGCCCGUGGAUCCUGAUUUGUGGAUUAUCGGUGCUGCGGUGGUAAAUGCCUUCUACUCACCAAAUAGAAACCAGAUAGUGUUUCCUGCAGGAAUCCUGCAGCCGCCUUUCUUCAGUAAACAUCAACACCAGGCCCUUAACUUUGGAGGAAUAGGAAUGGUUAUCGGACAUGAGAUCACACACGGAUUCGAUGACAAUGGGCGUAAUUUUGACAAGGAUGGUAAUAUGCUCAACUGGUGGAGUAAUUACUCAGCUGAGCACUUUAAAGACCAGUCACAGUGUAUGGUGCAACAAUAUGGCAACUUUAUCUGGAAACUUGCAGGCGGACAAAACGUCAGUGGGAUCAGCACCCUGGGAGAGAAUAUAGCAGACAAUGGAGGGGUUCGCCAAGCCUAUAAAGCUUAUCUAAAGUGGAUAGAAAUGGAGGGAGAAGAACCUCGUCUGCCUGGGCUGGACAUGGAUCACAAACAACUUUUUUUUCUUAACUUUGCCCAAGUGUGGUGUGGUGCUUAUCGGCCUGAGUAUGCCAGCCAGUCCAUCAAGACGGACUCACACAGUCCUUUAGAAUACAGGGUGCUUGGGUCCCUCCAGAAUUUCGAAGCGUUCUCAGAAGCUUUUCAGUGCCCAAAAGGAAGCCCGAUGAACCCUGAGCAGAAGUGUCGUGUUUGGUAGACUACUGUUCAUUUUUUUAACACGGG